CACACACACACACAUAUAUAUAUAUAUGUGUGUGAUCAAACUUAUAUGGACCACGCUUGCCUCUUCAAUGUUAUUACCUUGUGAUCAGACAUGGGAAGCGAACUGAACCAGGCUAAGAAACGGUUCGAUCUAAGCAUGUCGAGAAGAACCCGGAAGCCGUUGAACAAUCUCUUCAAGGAGACCCACCAAGACAUAUCAAUCGCAAGCCCGCCACCUGAGGAAGCUCCUCAUCAUGGGAGCAACCAAGAACAAGAUCGAGAACAGGAACAAGAACGGAAACAAGAACAAGAACAAGAGAUUGAUCACAAGAGCUUGAACCAGCUGAUGAGAGGCGAAGAGGAAGGGUCGCAAGGAGAAACGGGAGGAGGAGGCGUUAAUGGCAAGAGCUCACUCGGCGAACAUUUCUCGGUGGAGGAGAAGCAGGUGAAGAUGCAGAUCGUGACGAGGAAGAACAACGACGGCGAAAAUGGUGUGAAGUUUAGAGGGAUCAUGGGUCGGUAUGCCAAGGUUUUGAGCGGUUUGAUAAAGGCUAAGCACGACACUCGUCGUUUGAGCGCCUCCAAGAAAAAGCCAAUCUUCCGGCUGAAAUAAUUCCGAGUAAUCACGAACGUUUUGAUCGUGAAUCGUAUACGUGAAUACGUAUACAUAUAAUCACGAACAUUUUGAUCGUGAAUCGUAUACGUAUAUCUAUACGGUCAGUUACGUACGCAUACGUACUUUGCUGUGCAUGCAUAUGGUGGUGGUAUUGCUUUGAGAAUAAGUGACGUGAGGUCUCUGUACAUGCAACUCUUGGUACAUGAUAUAUAUAUAUAUAUAUA